GUGCCUACGUCGUGCGGAAGUAAACAAUCCGCAGCUGACGUGGAGCAGGAGACGAACUGGACCGACCGGAUCCGAAUCAACGGGUUUAGAGAAACGUUUGUCGUUCCAUUCUCAGUCCUGUCUUAUUAUAAGUUAAACUGGUUCUGUCGGUGUCGUCCAGACUAAACCAGAACAACUGACGGUCCGUGUUAGAAGCUUCUCUGAGCGAUAAGAUGGCGGCAGCGGAGGAGGCUAGCAGGCCGUUCGCCGGACUGUCCGACGUCUCUAUCUCGGAGGACAUCCCGGUGGAAGGGGACAUCUCCGUGCCCGUCGGCUCCUCCAGAAGAGACGACGAGUUCUCCACGCUGGACGAGCCGGUGAAGGAGACCAUCCUGCGGGACUUGCGGGCGGUGGGGAACAAGUUCAUCCACGUGCUGUACCCGAAGCGGAGCUCGGCUCUGCUGCGGGACUGGGACCUGUGGGGCCCGCUGCUGCUCUGUGUGACCCUGGCUCUGCUGCUGCAGGGCGGCGCGGCCGACAGCGACGACCAGGGCGGACCGCAGUUCGCUGAGGUCUUCGUCAUCGUCUGGUUCGGCUCCAUCAUCAUCACCCUGAACGCCAAGCUGCUGGGCGGCACCAUCUCCUUCUUCCAGAGCCUGUGUGUGUUGGGAUACUGCAUCAUGCCUCUGACAGUGGCCAUGGCCGUGUGUCGGAUCAUCUUGAUCGGUGGCUUAGGGACGGUCAGCUUCGCCGUGCGGGUGGUGGUGGUGACGGUGUCCUUUGGCUGGUCCACCUUCGCCUCCACGGCCUUCCUCGCCGACAGUCAGCCUCCCAACCGCAAGGCUCUGGUGGUGUACCCAGUGUUCCUCUUCUACUUCGUGAUCGGAUGGAUGAUCCUGACGUUCUCGCCCUCACAGUAGGGGAGAAACAAAAUGACUGGGUUUGAGUAGAACAGACAAAGAUAAGGGGGGUUUUUAUAGAGUGGAAAAAACUCAAACAAACACCAGAACCUGCCUUUGAAUGAAGAUGAAGAACGACUGAAGUGACUGUGAGUGUUUCUGAGCUUCUGAAACAGCUGAUAGACUCAUGGGACACCACAGUAACUCCUUUGGGAGCAGCAGUGGCUUGUUCUCAGAUUCAGAGACGUCGAGUUGGCACUGAGCUGCAGACGGGGCGUGAAAAAGCCAAUGAAUAUGUUUGUAUUUUCCCUGUUUGUCUCCCAGAGUAUGUUUAUGAGCUGUGUAAAAUAAAGUCCGUAGGCUUGGAUAUAGAAAUGCUCUAUGAAUGUUUGAACUACCAGGGCUAUGAUUAUUUUUCUUUUCCUCCUGGUCACUCUGGGUGUUUGAAAUCUCAUAUGGUCUUAAAGAUUGGUGCAAAAACAUACUGACAGCUUACAUUUACGCACUGCACUCUCAGUUUUUAGACAUUUAGCUGCUUGACCCGGGGGCCCAACUGUCGAGCUGCAUCUGAACAACUCUGACCAACUGUCGCCUGUAGUCCUUUUCCAACAUUUUUGUUUUAGUAUUUUAGGGGGCAUGUUUGAUUUCAUAGACAGAUGACAGGUAGCGUGAAGAGUGAGAGAGAGAUUGUCCUCAGCCGGACUCAGACCAGGGACGUAUCAGUUUGUGGUUGACUCCUUAAACCCACUGGCCAUCAGAGGGUCCCCGAUUCCGCAUGUCGAAUCUGUCCAGAGAGACAGAGAGAGCUCUGUGAUUGAGUGUCAGAUAGUUUGAUUUUCACUUUAACGUGAAAAGAUUCAUCAGUUGGCCAUUGUGUGUGCUUGUGCUUUGAGGUUUAACACUGUAAGAAAGAGAGAAGAAACUCUUCUCUGCAGAAACAGCACACAGCCCGUGGUAAAGAGGUCAGAGCCUCCUGUUAAAACUGUUCAUUAUAAAACACAGAGGUUAGACUGGUUCAUGCUGUGGAUAACAAAAGUUUGAGCCAUCGAAAACAGCAGCAGACAACAAGUUUUAAGGUCAGUCUGUCAGAAUCAAUCAAGCAAAGAGCUUCUUUACUGAGCAGUAAUUCUUCACCGCUGUUUAUCGGUUGUAUGAGGAGAAAUUAAUCUGAGAGGGGAGUAAGUAAAAGCCCAGAAUGCACUGCAGCAGUCAGAUUGUUUGGGUUUAGAGGGGUGUUUACUUUUUGUUUUUCUGAGUUAUCGUCAUGAUCUCCUGUCUUUACCUCCACAGGUGAAUGAUCACACUUUCAGACUGUGAAAGACUUCAGACUGUUAACAUGCUGACAUGGAAACAUGUAGACUAUAUGCUUGAUGCAGGGUUAAGAGGGCAUUCUGGGAAAUGUAGGAAAUCGCUAGCUGGGGUAGAAGUUGAUGCUGCAGGUUGAGGGAAAGUGGGUUCAUCAAAAAAAAAAAAAAAAAAAUUCACCUGGAGCAAUGUAUUGACUCUGAUCAGUCUACUAACCUCUUUUAACCUUUGACCCCCACUCUGUAGUUAGGUUACUCGGGCUGUCUUUGUUCAUUUCUUUUAAUUUAUAUGUAUUAAUUUACAUCAACGAAUGGAAAAGAUUAAAAUAUAUUUGAUCUGCA